CUGCGAUCUUGAUUCAGAGCUGUUGCGGCUGUAAAAAAUAGCUGAGGGGAAGGAACUCCGCGCCGACCGGAAAGGGCUACGAUGCAAUUCAACAACCCGCAGGAAAUCUCCUUUGUCAGUGACACCACAGCUGGUUCGAACGGUCCAGUGCAUCUUCACACACUUUGUGGGCCUGCAACCCUGGGCCAGCUGCGCGAUAUCCCUUGCUCCUUGCGGCUACAGGUGGACUCGCGGCUUAACGUCGGUGAUUGUUCACGAUUGACGGUUCGACCUCAAGAAAGUCACAUAUAUAAGAGCCAUGGAAACAGUCGCCAUGAUGACAGAAACACAGCAUUAUCUCGAAAAAAUUCAGGCAAUCGCCGAGAGCGCCCUCGCUGGAGCAGCGUCCAAGUCAGCACCGUCGUCCAGGAAAUCGUCUCUAACUACCAUUGCAACCGGCGACCAAACCCAACCUUUCAUGUCCAGCAACAACGACGUGCAGGAGAGCAGCCAAGAGGCCCGCGUCGAAACUCAGCGUCAGCAAGCACACCGUGAAGCUCGCCCUCAAAACCACCACGCCGCUGGCAACGCGCAAAAUCAGAGUCAAGAGCACGACUCACUUGCUCAUCCAUCCACUCCUGAAAUGGCCGACACCAAGCUUUCCCGUUUUUAUCACGUCAUGGGCUCGUCCGAGUCGUCCGCAGCGGAGCGGCGAGAACAGGAAGAGCGUGCACGACGGGAGGCUGAAGAGCGUGCGAGGAGAGCCAACGAUGGUAAAUGAAGUCAAUCGAACUGUUCUCAUGCGUGACCAGGGAUCAGCCUGGGCUACGAAAAUCCUUUCGUGAUGAUGUGCAACGCGAGGAUGACAAACCAAAACGAGAUGUGCCGUUUCGGCUUAAGCAUGGCGUCGGGAGGCUCUCUGAUUCAUGCAAUCGAACCAUGAUAGGAUCAUUUUAGCCGUCUUUGCUUCCGGUUUUGUAUUUUUUGCUCACACGGUGCGCCGGAUGCACCCUUUGUUCCGCUUGUCUCGAUAACGAAC